AUGAAAUCAAUUAAGGAUUUACUCCAAGACUAUGAUAAAGAUUUUACGCCUUUCCUCUGCCCUAAAUGCUAUGCUUCUUACUGCCCAGACAACAACAUGCCAGUAGGCCUUGCAUGCUGCUCUAGAUCUAUCUGCUAAAAUUGUGUCAGCAAGAUAAAUCUGUAAAUGGAUUAAUGCCCAUAAUGCCAUUAGUAAAUAGGGAAAGUGAACAACAACAAUUUUUAACUUAUCGAUGGUUUAUAGAAAUUGGUUGAUUAAAAUAAGCCUCCCAGAGAAAUAAUUUACAAAAAACUCUUCUCAAUUGGGUUUAUUCCAAAUACUCUCAAUGUGGAGUACUUUAACUAUCUAUAUUUUGAUCAAAGGCCAUUCCAAGCAGACAUAAAAUAAAUGUAAAUGAACAAAGAUCAUGACUCAAUGUUAGAUGAAUAAAUCUUGACUGUAGAGCUAAGUUAACCAUAUUAUUUUACUAGAGCUUAUCUUAGCUUAAAAGAUAACUUGGUAACUGAUGGAACAAGCAGAUUUGUUAUUAAAAAUCCUAGAGAUCAUUUGAUUUCAGCUAGGUAAGAGUUUAGAGAGAUAAUGCAGGCAAGAUUUAGCUUUGUGUUCGUUUAACAUGGUUAUCCAUUAGAGACUAAUUAUGUAAUAAUUGAUGGACUUUCUGAACUAGUCACCGAAAAUGAUAUUAAAAAGGCAAAUUAAGAGAAAUAUCCAAUGAUUUAGAAUGCUAAAAUUACGAAAUAUAAAACAAACUAGAGUUAAAUACUUUGCCAUAUGAUUCUUGACUUCAAAGAUGACUCAUUGACAGCAGAUGAAUUUGGGGUUUAAAUUAGUAGUUAUGGAUUAUUUUUGGAUUAGUUAAAUACUUAAGGUUCUCACAUAUUUGUCAGAAGACAGAUUCAUCCUUAUUAUAGAAGUUUGUUUUAAGUUAGCCGUAAUAUUGAAUAAAAAUAUCCUCAACAGCCUAGAUUUUAAGAUAAUAAUCAUUACCAACAUAGAAGUAACAAUAAUUAAAACGAUAGAUAAUUUAAUGAUAACAAUUUUAACCGAGAAAAUGGAAGAGGAAGAGGAAACAAAUAUCCCAACAAUUAUGACAGAAAUAUGCAUUAAAAUACUCAUCCAGUAUACGGUUAAAAUAAUCAUGAAGAUUAAGAAGAUAACUAAGGUAGCUAUCAGAUGAGAGGAAGAGGCUAGGGCAGAGGUGGAUAUGUAAAUCAGAGAGAAGGAGGCAAUCAAAGAAACGAUGAAAAUUAGUAUGAACGGCGAGCAAGAGGAGGAAGAGGUGGAAGAGCAAGUUAAGAAUCUGAUAGAUAUCGCCCAAGGUCUAGAUAAUCAAGUAUUAAUUAAGAAAACGAUAUGUAAUAAGAAAGAUUUAGUGAUAAUUAAGGAAAUAAUGAACAAUAACCUGAAGUUUAGAAUAAUUAACCUGAAGUUUAGAAUAAUUAAUUAUUCAAUAAUGAAGAAGAAGCGAAGUCAUAUGAAAUCUAAGAACCUGCUAGAAAUAAAGUAGAUAAAGACGGAUUCAUAUAGGUUUAGGAAAGGCCAAAACUUUUCGGGAGAGGCCAAAGAGGAUAAAUGAGAGAAGAUGAUUAAGAGCAAAAAGGUUAUAGAGGAAAUAGAGGAGGAAUGUACAACAGAGGAGGAUAUAACCAGAAUGAGAGACCUUAAUAUAGAUAAUCCGAAGAUAGAUUCAAUGAAAAUGGCAAUGAGGAUCGUCCUUAUAGCAGAGGAUAAAGAGGAUAAAGAGGAGGUGCAUACGAUAGAGGGGAAAGAGGAAGAGGAAAUGGAAGAGGUAGAGGAAGAGCAAGAGAAGAAUAUCAAAAUAACAACUAUUAAUCAAAUAAUCUCUUUUAAGAAGAUGAAAAGCAGGUAGAAGAAAAAGGUGAAAUCAAUAAUGAGGGUCAAGGUUUCAAUUAAAAUUAGAAUGAAUUUAGAAAUGAAAGGGAAACUGAAUAAAGAAAUUAUGAAUAAGACGGUAAUAGAGGCAGAAGUAGAAGUAGAGGUAUUGAAUAACCCGCUGCAAGAGGAGAUAAUGGAAGAGCAAGAAUGUUCGGAAGAUCAAAAAGAUGA